AUGCGUGAUAUCACAGGCGACGACUCUCAACAGCCGCUGAUUGUUGAUGAACAUGACGACGACACGACCGCUCGCUCAGGAGUACCCAAACAGAAAGCCCGUCGCCUGAUAUGGCUGUUGACUUUGAGUGCAGGACUCAGUGGCCUACUCUUCGGUUAUGAUACUGGUGUGAUAAGUUCUACUCUUGUCUCGAUACAUGAAGAUCUAGGACGCCCGUUAUCCACCUUCGACUUGUCAGCCAUAACAAGCAGUACAUCUCUACUGGCGUUAGUUGCGUCACCUCUGGCUGGACAUUUUGCGGAUGUUCUAGGUCGCCGCCCGGUCAUUGCAGCUGCUUGUGGAUUGUUCAUUUUUGGCGCCCUGUUUCAAUCAGCUGCAACCAAUGUAUGGACUAUGAUACUUGGCCGAUCGAUUGUUGGCGCUGCUGUAGGCGCGGCUAGUGCCGUCGUGCCCUUGUACAUUGCAGAGAUCUCCCCAGCAGAUCGAAGAGGACAACUGGUAUCUGUCCAAAGUCUGUUCAUCACUGGAGGUCAGGUCGUAGCAUACGUUGCUGGCUGGGCAGUCAUGGGUCGCUGGCGGUGGUCUGUUGGUUUUGGAAGCGUUCCUGCUCUCAUUCAGGCGGCCCUGCUAGUUGGCAUGCCCGAGUCACCCCGCUGGUUAGUACUAAAGGGCAGGGACGAAGAGGCUACUGCAGUCUUCGCCCGUCUCGGUCAUGAUGACUGCGAUCAUAUCGUUGCUCAAGUGAAGCAUGAAGUCAAGGAAGAACAGCUCAGUGCCAGUGGAAGCAUGUUCAAAGAGCUCAUGACCGUGCCCGCCAACCGACGUGCCCUGACUAUUGCUGCCGGACUCCAAGCUCUGCAACAACUAUCCGGAUUCAACUCGUUGAUGUACUUCAGCGCAUCCAUCUUCGCGAUGGUCGGAUUCACUUCACCGAUUGGCACAUCGCUCUGCAUUUCGGUUUCCAACUUCGUGUUCACCCUGCUGGCGUUUGCAAUCAUCGAUAGAGUUGGGCGACGUCGCAUACUACUCUACUCCAUUCCGUUCAUGAUACUUGGACUUGCUAGCUGCGCUCUUGCGUUCAUGCAUAUCGACGCGUCUCUUACAGAUUCGAAAACACUGUCGUCUAUUACAUCUGUUGAUGCCUCCAACUCUUGGUCUCUGUUCCUUCUGUUCGCACUCAUCUUUUAUGUCGCUGCUUAUGCCAGUGGAUUGGGCUGUGUUCCGUGGCAACAAAGCGAACUCUUCAGCCUUUCCGUGCGAAGUAUGGGCUCUGGGCUGGCCACCGCAACAAACUGGACCAGCAACUUUAUCGUGGGAGCAACUUUCCUGCCUAUGAUCCAUACGCUUGGACCCAGUGCCACUUUUCUUGUGUACGUAUUUGUGUGCCUCAUGGGUUACAUCUGGGUAUGGAGAUACUUUCCUGAGACCAUGAAUCUCGAACUCGAACAGGUCAAGCAAUUGUUGGAGAAUGGUUGGGGCGUCAAAGCUAGCGAACGUCCGAGUGAUCUGGGAAGAUGA